UCACUCGCUGCCGAACGUUCGUUUCACUGGUUCGGGGUCUCCCAGGCGGCCGCCAGCUGCUGCGCUAUGAAGUGCGGGGGGCCCAGGGGCACCCAGGCGGCCACCCCGGAGACGCAGCAGAUUGUGGAUGAGGUGAAGCUUCAGGUGGAAGAAAAAGAAGGGAAGAAAUUUGAGGUCUUUAAUGCUGUGGAAUUUAAAACACAGCUGGUUGCUGGAAUAAACUACUUCAUCAAGGUCCAUGUUGGCAAUGAGGAGUUCUUGCACUUGCGGGUGUUCAAAAGCCUUCCUCACGAGAACAAACCACUGAGCCUCGCCAGCUAUCAGAGCAGCAAGACGACGCAUGAUGAGCUGGCUUACUUCUAGGGGGCUCUUUGAAAGAGCCCCUCUCAUGCUUAUAGGAUGCAAAGUGUUUUUAUACCGAUGAAAAUGUACUUAAAAAUCUUGUCUGACAAAUUUUCUACAGCUUUCUUCCUUCCUCGCCAUCCCUAACUCUCCUCUCAUACUCGUGUAAAACAGAUGUAGUUCCAUUGAAAUCAGUAGAGUUAUGCUGGUGUAAAUUCCAUAUAAGUGACUGGAGAAGUGAGCGAAAGAGGAAGGGAGUGUAACCAGUACAGCUGUGACGUGGGGCAGAAUAUGAAUUAGAAUUUCUCCUAACCCUAUGACAGAAACGGGAUGUUCCUCAGUAAAUCACAUUUGUUCUCUGCAUAUUGUUGUUAGAGAGCUAAGGAUGGAGGUUUACAACACCAGAGCAAACUUGAAAAAGUAAAAAGAAAUAGGAUCACAGUAAUUUGAAAUAGAAACUCUUCCUAG